UAUACGUUAGAACGAGCUUAGAUGAAAUAUUCCGUUUACUCAUAAAGUCAUUAUACGUCACCGAGCGUCGUUAUUAAGUUGUUACGAUUAUUUCUGCGAUAUUUAUAGUUAUCAGCGCGUAUGGUGACGAUUGCCAAGAAUCGAUGCAGUGCUCUGCGUAUUUAUCGAGAGGUGGAAUAUGCAGAAAUGGAAUUUGCGUAUGUGCUGAGGGAUAUUAUUAUAUACAUGGAAAAUGUCGUGCAUAUUCAGGAUUACUUGAAAAAUGCCAAGAAGACGGCGAUUGCUAUGUAAACGGCGAUUUUCAAGCGUCACGUUGCAUAAAUAACAUUUGCAACUGUAGUCCUGGAUAUUAUCAGCGAAAAUAUAGAACUUGUCGUCCAGAUGCGAAAGUGCAUGGCAAAAGAUGUAUCAUAAAUAACGAUUGCAAAGGAUGGAUCAACAGCACGUGUGACAAUUAUAUAUGUGAUACUUCGCAGACACAUGAAAAUACGUCAAGACUCUUAUAUAAUGAUAAUAUUGAAAAAAAAAAAUAGAAUCA